CGUCACUCCAACAUGCGUCGUGCUGUCAACGGCGAUACCGCAGCCAAGGCGCGCGGCGGUUCCAAGCUGCGAGCCAGUCGCGUACGUCGUCAGCGGGACCGCGAGCGCAGUCUGGAUGAGGAUGAACUCGAGCAGCGCUUCGGUCAUGUUUCUUUGUCGCUGUCAGCGCCCGUGUUCGUGCCGGCUGCGCAACGAGCCGUCCAACCGCCGGCUUCGACGCCUGCCACUCCCAAGCGUUCGAUGGCCUUCGUAACGGAGCGACGUGGUCCCUCGUCUUCCGCAAUAUCUAGCGCAUCUUCUCGACGUCCGAAACGCUCUGCCACAGCAACAGCCGCCGCUAAAUUACACAAAAACAUCGAGGCGGCAGGCAAGAAGAACCAGCAACUGCAGACAAGUAGAACUGCAGCUCGCGGCAGUAAUGGGAAUACUCCGAGCAAACCCAGACGACAGCGUAUGGGCACUAAAGGACUGAAUAAAGAGGGACAGACACAGCCGUCCGCCAAGGCCGCGGCCGUGUCGAUGCGCGAGCGUCACCGUCGCAAACUGUCACUUACAUCGACGGAGCUGCAGGCGCAAGAGACGACAACAGAACCGGAAGCGGAGACUGCACCGUCAACUGGACAGGACGCUGAGGACGUGUACCCCGAGACAGCAGGAAGCGCCUUCCCCCAGCAGCUCACACUCUUUAGUCAGCAGAAGCGUCUGCCACAGCGCGUGGCCAGUCGUGACGAUGUCAUCGACACGAUCUUUAAGGCGCUAUUCGCACGCAGUGAAGGUCGACGUAAUCGUCCACGCCAGGCACUCAGCGCCUUCGGAGACGACACAGGAACAGACACGGAUGAACCCAAUGAAGAGUUCGUCAAGCGAGGACUAGCUAAUGCUCUCUUCAGAGACCAACUCAAUCUGCAUGCGCCGUCAUCGCUACCAACUGCCGUGACCCCAGCAGCGGCAGCAGACAGCCUCAUCAGCCCUACAUUUAUGCAUGCACUCGUGAACGCACUGCGCUUCGAGGACUUCCGUACAGCCAGCGCGCGUCUGGACAUUGUGCGAGCUAUCCACAAAAGCUGCCCCACCAAGAGGCUGCACCUUACACGGGCACUCGCUGACGCCACAGCAUUGCGUGUGGAGUACGUGACAGCCGUCGCGGCGCGUGCGCAGACGCUUGGCGUUGAGAAAACCUCGACGCAAGUUAUCACCGACCACAUGCACGAUCACGGACACGGCUUCACGGAGUUCCUUCGUUACUCCAUCGAGCACGUUGAAGAGAGUUUAUUGGAUACACCGCCUCCUGAGGGAUCCGACGCGGCUCUGGAGCAAGAGGAACAGCAGAAGGAACUCGCACGCAACUGUAUGACCAGUCUCGUGUCGCUCUGGCGCGCGCAUUGGGUGGAUCCUGCAGGAUCCGACGACGAAGAACUCAUUAGCUGUGCUGGGCAGUUCGUGGCGUACAUGCCGUCGGUGACCGGCCCACUGCUCAAACGGUUGCUGAGUGCGUGGCCGACGCGCUACCCGAAGCAGGAGGUGGGGGCUAUUCGAAUGGUGGCACGGGUCAUCAUGUCGGGUCCUCCACUUAACCAAGUGGACCCGACUCAAGUCCUGCAGCGUCGAGUGUUCACUCGACUGGCGCGUGCGUUGCAGAGUCCAAACGUUGAUGUGGCCAAGGAGGCGCUGGCUUUCACGUGCUGCCAGUUCGCGCUGGUUCACUUCUUAGGGCGAGACGAGGUCAUCUACAAAGCCAUCACCGCCGCACUGCACAGUAACGUCGAGAACCAUUGGCAUCACGGCGUACGCAGCACAUCCGAGACCAAUUUUGACCGCGCCUUGGACUUUGCGUCGUAAAAAAAAAAAAAAAGUAAAGCCGGAAAAGAUGAAAUAGAAGUAGAUAGAAUAGAUAGACGACUUUAACCUUUUUGGAGCAGAGAAGAGAAAUAAAAUACUUGCCAGUAUGCAAACGUG